CCAAUUUGAUGUUUUUAUUUUUUUGUACUUAAUCGAAGUAAACUGGUAUGACAAUUUUCGUCAAAAGAAUUCCUUGUUCACGUAAAGGUAUUUACAUAUUGAGUUAUUAAAAUUUUCGUGUUCUACGAUGGGCGACGGACAAAGCGAAAACCAACCGCUUUUAAGGGAUGAGGAAGUCAAUGUAAGCACAAUCUCACCCAUCGGACCGGAUGAGCUUCCACCACCGUACCAGCAGGCAGGAAUGCCUAUGGUGACUUGCCGCGUAUGCCAGUCUAUGAUAGAUAUCUCGGGAAAAAGGGAACAGCAUGUUGUAAAAUGUUCUGUGUGUCAUGAAGCUACGCCAAUAAGGAAUGCGCCACCGGGUAAGAAGUAUGUGCGUUGUCCUUGCAACUGCUUAUUGAUUUGCAAGUCGUCAUCGCAGCGUAUUGCGUGCCCCCGACCUGACUGCAAGAGGAUCAUAAACCUCGCUCCAUCACCGGUCACCCCGCCGGUAUCUACAUUGCCUGGCAUGUGCAGAGUUAUUUGUGUACAUUGUCAGGAUACAUUUUUGUAUCAACGUCUGAGAAACGCGCCAGCAAGAUGCCCUCACUGCCGCAAGGUUUCAUCUGUGGGGUCACGCAUGGCUCUGCGGGGCACCAUCUUUGCAGUCCUCGCCAUCAUAUUCUUCGCGAUUGCUCUUGGAGUAACCCUCGGCACAUACAACUCGGCCAAGGUGCAUGGUGGGGGCAUCUACGUUGCUUACGUCGGAGCUUUCCUGAUCGCAUUCUUCUUGGCUACACGCGCCAUAUAUUAUUUUGCAAUGAAAGUAAGUACCAUCGAUGACCCGAUGUAAAAACUGGGUACCUGCAUCUGAUUUUGUGAUAGUAUGAUUAGGAAAUGAUAAAAAUUAUCUCAAUUCCAUAUUGCGUUAUAUUGUAAAUUUAAGAUUCAAAUUAUUACCAACUCUAAUCCUUUUACGAAGAACUAUGUACACUUUAUUUGGUU